AGUUAAUCCACUCAUAACUAAAAGAAGAAGAUAAUCGACUGGCGUUAUUUGUUGUGAUUUUAAUAAGUAGCCUUCGUAGAGGAAGAGGAAUCAUCAUCAUCUUUAUGAACUAACAUAACCAGAAGACAGGAUUAGUGAAACAUCAACACACGGCCCUGUGCAGGCUCUGUCAGUGCCUUCCAACCUGUCCAUCCGGGGUGGCUCUUGUUGUAGUGGGACAGGAGGGAAACGCGGCAGGCAUAGAGACGGUAGGAAAGGAUGCCUCUGUUCUUCAGAAAGAGGAAACCAAGCGAGGACUCCCAGAAGAGACUGGAAUAUCAGCUGUGCAGGUCUAAGGAGGCCGGUGCUGAUGACAUCCUCGACAUCUCAGCUUGUGAGGUCUCAGAGGUUCCCUCCAGUGCCUUUUCCAUUUGCAAGGUGCUUCAAAAGAAGGUUCUCAUCCUCCAUAACAAUGAGCUGAGGUCAUUGCUGCCCAAAGGAUGUGACAUCCGCACUCUUGCCACUUUAAAGGUUUUGGAUCUGCAUGAGAACAAGCUCACUUCACUCCCAGAAGACAUUGGGAAGAUGGCAUCACUGCAGAUUUUGAAUGUGGAGAAGAACCGCCUAAAGGACCUGCCACAAUCCAUCGGGGAUUUGCGGCUUCUGCAGACACUCAAUUUAAAGGGUAACUGUCUCAGUGAGCUGCCAUCCUCGAUUGGUUCUUUGAGCAGCCUGCGUACCCUGGACCUGAGUGACAACAACAUCGUCCAGCUCCCUAAAGCUCUGGUCUAUAUACGCACCCUAGAGAGCUUUACCCUUGAUGCUGAUAUGAUGUCCUACCCGCCUGCGGCUGUGUGUACAGACGGCACAGAGAGCAUCCAGCGCUUCCUAUGCACCGAGCUGGGAGAGGAGUACUGCCCUCCAUCCCAAUAUCUCCUGCCGGUGCUAGAGAAUGAGUGUGGCAAACAGAACUCUGACUGUUUGGAUGGCCUGGAGGAGGCGUGGCAGAACAAAUUCAGUGACUACGAGAAGAGAAAGGAGCAGAAGCAGCAGGCAAAGCUGGCCUUCGAGUGGCACCUUGAGGAGAAGAAAAAAGAGCACACCCAGCUCAUACUCAUGAACACCUCACGCAAGGAAAACAUUCUCCACUCAGUCCGACAGGAGCAGGAGCGUCUGGAGCUGGGGGUCAGCCAGCAGCAGAGAGCUCAGGAGGCAGAGAGGCUGCUGGUGCUGGAGAAAGUCCGACAAGCUGAAGACAGCAUCAGCAGUCGCAUCAGCAACAUGCUGAUGGACAAAAUCAGGCAGAAAAAAACUGCAGAGUUUCUUCAAGCCAUGGAAGAAGAUCGAAUCCGCAUGGAGCAUCUGACUGCCAUCACACAGGAAGAAGCCAUUUCACUGAAGAAGAAGGAAGUGGCCGUGGCCAUGCAGAAGAUGCUGUCAGACGGCUGUGCUAUGGACCUUCUCCAGGAGGCCAGUGACUUUCGCAGAGAGAACCUGGUGUCUGAGGCUUACAGAAGUAUGGAGAAUAUGGACAGGAAGUUUGAUAAAAUGCUGUCCCUCCAAGUUUUGGACAAAUCUAAAGCUAUUGCCCACAUCUUACAGGAGGAGGAGAUGCAGAAAGCAGCGUUCCAGGCCCUGCAGCUGCAGAAAGACGCUGUACACGGCUACAUCCGCAACCAGAUCAAGCGCAUAGAGAGUGAAUUAAUGCAGCUGACUAGAUUGGAGAUUAAAAGACGCAAUCUGGAUGCUGAGAACUUGCAGGAGGUUCUGGUGGAGCAGCGAACAGCUCUCAGUGAUUUGUUGCAGCAGCUGCUGAAGCAGAGAGACCAGAGAGAGCAGGAGCUGCGGCAGGUUCUGGCAGAGAUGGAGCUGAAGUCGGAGUCCAACCAGCAGAACUACUGGAUGAUUCAGUACCAGAGACUGUUGGAUGCCAAACCCCUGUCACUGCGCAUGCAGGAAGCAGGCCUGGAGAAAGAGUUGGUCAACCUGAUAUGCAAACUGUCAGCUCAGCACUACCUGCCUAUCCUGGCUCAUCAUCGACUGACAACUGAGGCCCUUUACCACAUGACCUCCUCUGACCUCAAGAAGAUUGGCAUUAAUGAAAUAGGAAUCCAAAAUGCUCUUCUGAACUGGGCUCUGGAACGCUACCCUGAAGGAGCUUUUAAGGUUGUUCCGCAGGACGAGGAGGCGGAGGUCGCCUCCACUGCUAUGUCUCCUUGCUCCCCUCAGGUGCUUCCCAGCACCUCCACCUUUCAGAUCCCCAGCCCACCACUCACCCCAGGGACCCCCGUCACCCCCUCAGCCCCGAGCCCUGUGGAGGGACCAGGGAGCUCAGAGUGUGUGGUCUGCAUGGAGACUGGGUCUCAGGUCAUCUUCCUGCCCUGUGGUCAUGUAUGCUGUUGUCAGUUCUGCAGCGGCGCUCUGCAGAACUGCCCUCUGUGUCGUAGCAACAUAUCCCAGCAUGUACGCCUUUACCAUAGCUAGGACCCACUACACUCUGCUGUAAACGGUACUUUGUAAUGUAUAUGCUGAAACAAAUCGGAAUAGAAUUACUUUAUUGGUGUUUUGUGUUGUAAGUGGUGUCCAAGCCUGUUUUUUUUUGUUGUUCUUUUAAAUUCAAUAUUGUUUUGAUUUUUGCAUUAUAUAUUAAGAGCCAAGCGGACUACACCACUCACUGGUUGAAGACUGUAUGUUCUUUGCCUUAUAAUAGUUUCUAAAUUGAUGUGUGCCUUUUUCUGGGAAUCUCUUUUUUAAACAAUACUAAUUGUCUGUGUAUGCGAGUUAACUAAACAUAAUGUAUUGAUUGUUAUCAUCACUGAUGCAAUGUUGCUCUUCAAUAUUCUUUUAUUUAUAUCACUGUUUUCAGUGUGAUAAUCUGGAACACAAAGAAAUUGAAAUAACCUAAUGUCAGUUUAGUUUGAGUUGUUUGUCCUGCUCAUAUUCAGUUGUGUCACGUUUUCUCUGGCUUUUUAAAGUCAGAGAAAAGAAGAAAAAAAGAACCCUUUCUCAGCUCGGAGACUACUGGAGUUUAAAAUCAUUAGUGUUUACCCAAAUGAGUUUCUUAAUGGGAAAUGUAGAAUCAAGUGAUUUUGGAGCUUGCCCUAUACUGAGGACAAAAAGACAAGAUUUCUCAUUGUAACAGGUGCUAUGCUGUCACAUGCAGGUUCCUUCCCCCCAGCACCAAAGGAUGAGCAUACAACUGAAUAUGUUUCGGAAUAUUCUUUAUUGUCCAGACUGUGUCUCUGCUCCACCUGUGCGCGCCAUAUAUAAGGAAGUGUCACUCUGGCCUUGAUUUGCUGCAGCUGAGGCCAAUUAGGCCUCCUCCUGGCACCUGUUCCCCAAAUCACUCCCCCACACCCCUCCGCAGCUGAGCAUAACCACGCCCCAGCCACCACACUCAUCCUCUAAUGCGUUAAUGUUGGCCAUUUUUUUCUUAAAACUCUUUCUUACUAUUUCCACAGCUUUAUGAAAGUGAAUGUGAAUGAAAGAGCAAUGCUAUAUUGAUGGACUACCUCUUUAAAAUCCAUUUGAUAAUAAAAUAGGUACCUCCUCAGGUCCCAAUUGUGCUUCGGCUGUGCAUAUAAUCAUAUAUAUAUAUAUAUAUAUAUAUAUAUAUAUAUAUAUAUAUAUAUAUAUAUAUAUAUAUAUAUAUAUCAUAAUCAUCUCAAAACAAAGUUAAACUUCUUAAAAUGACCAGAACCCAUCUGACCCAGACAGUCUAUCUGGGCCUUUCAGGGACUCUUAUGGGGUUCCCUCGACAGAUGGUAAUCCAGCCUUGGACCCCACUUUAGUUUCUGUCUCACCUAUUUCUGACUUAUCUUCUGAUCCCUUUCUUAUUUGAAAUGCUAUAUGUGGUGCAUAUGUAUGAACUAACAACACCUCACCUGUUUGUUGCCAUCACUGAUGCUUUUAUUAUACUCUUUCAAGUGCUCUUAACUUAAACAUCCCAGCAUGUAUCAGGAAAUAUCUUUACUUACUGUAUAUGACUGUUAAAUGUAGUGUGUUAGAGAUUUCACUUCUAUACAAAUCUGACAUUUCACCUGACUGAUGUAUAAUAAAUGUGAUGUCACCUUGGUCGAUGUACUAUUCCUCUACAGGCAGCCACCUCUGGACUUGUACUGUAGAAACUAUGAUGCUGUUGAGUGUGAAGGUCUGAGCUGGUAUGCUGGUGUGUUUUCAAAAAGUAUGGAUUUAUUGAGCCAAACAUGAAACCAACAUAUUGACCAAAUUAGCUUUGAACUUCUGUGACCAUACUCAGGCUAUGCUAACUCAUAGCAGGAACUGAAUAAACUGACUGACUGCAUUACAAGUAUAAUCUAAGAUACUGCCAAUAACAAGUAAACAAUCUGUAUGAUAUAUGAAACACAA